UGUAGCGUCAAACCCCUACGCUCACGACGUUUUAGUUUCACAAGACCAAUCACGCAGCGCAUCGACACCAUUCUCCUACCUACAAAAUUUGGCGGCAGCAAAUCUUCAGCUUCAGGAUCAACAGCACUAUGACAACUUGUUUGAUGGAGUACUUUUUCCCUCCUUGCCAGAAGUCUCUACGGGCAUGUGCUCCAAUGUGAACACACGACUCGUACAUCAUGAUGCGUUUCCGCCUUUGGGUGAUAGUAAGUUGAUGGCAGCGCCAGCGCCAGCAAUAGCCUUACAGCCAAGACGACAGCAUCUCCAGCCGCCAAAUAUUGCCGGCUUACUUGACUUGCCACAAAGUCCACACGACUUCAACCAGUCACUACCACAGAGUAACGUAUUCGGAAAGCAACCGUCAAUGAAAGAACCUGAAAACCCAGCGAAAACAUUCUCCUUCCACCAGGGUAAGACGGCACCGAUCCUUCCGGAUAGCCUAAUGCCAGAUAACCAGCAUACUUCCAACAGCUUGAGUGAUGCAGCACUCUUUCCGUUCCCGCCACAAGUUUCAAUAGGCGUCAGCUCAUUUGGAAAUAUAGGAUUCCCUCAUGAUGUGUUUGCGCCUACUGGCGACACGAAUGCGAUGGUCGUGUCAAGGCAAGGACGACAACAUAUUCCAAGUUUACCGGAAAUGCCACCAAGUCGUCGUCACGACCUCAGUGAGCCACUUUCGCAGAGCACCUUACUCGGGCAGCAGCCGUCAAUGCAAGAACCUGAUAACACAGCGACACCAUUCUCCUUAAACCCAGGUCAGGCGGAACCACUCCUUCAGCCUAACCUACCCAACAGCUUGAGUGAUGCAGCAAUCUUUCCCUACCUGCCAAAAGUCUCUACCGCCAUGCGCUCUGAUGUAAAUACAGGAUUAAAUCAUGAUGUUUUCGCGCCAUCGUGUGGUAUUGAUGUGUUGCUAUCACCAUCACUAGCAAGGGGCCUACAACAACAACAGCGACAACAACAACAUCACAAGCCACCACAUAUUCCCAGGCUGCAGGUAAUGCCACCGCAUCACCAUGACCUCAGCGAGCCACUACCACCGAGUAACGUACUUGGACAGCAGCCGUCGACUAAUGAACCUGAAAAAAGUGCCAAAGCCAAAAUAGUCUGCCCGGAAUGCAAAAGGAGUUUCUCUUAUCCGUCGCAGCUCAAAAGACACAUGACAGUGCACACCGGCGAGAAGCCAUAUCAUUGCGACAGAUGCAACUCACGUUUUUCUCUGCUAACGACACUAACCAAACACAAGAGAACACACACAGGUGAAAAACCAUACAAGUGCACUAUCCCGGGCUGUGAACAGGCAUUCUCACAGUCCUCCACCCGCAACCGGCAUGUGCGUAUCCACAAGGCGAAUAUCGAGAAGCAAACCAAACCUGCCAGUGGAUGCAACUAAACAGGCACUGACCUAUUGCCCUCGCAUCACCAGUUCAAAAACAACCAUGUCGGCAGGAUCUAGGAGCAGCAAAUAAGAAGAUACCAGCGACAGAAGUUUCAGGUUACGUGAGAUUUAAUCCAAUUAUGGGCAGGGGCAUGCUUUGCACACUGGGGCGCACUGUGCCGAAUAUGAGCAAUAGAAGAAUCUGACAUAUGUGCGUGUGUGUGCCUUCAGUACUACUAUUUGGGUAUGUUCGUUUCGUACCCUCAACUUCCAAAAUAUGGUGCCACACCCAGACCGCCAUACAUGCACGUGUACUCGUACUUGCCUAAAAAUGCAUUUGCCGGUGCAGACAUCCCUCCACCCUCCGCGAUCGAAAACCAUCACUUCUUUGAUUUAUAUGAUACAAAAUAGCAUAAAGUUUUGGCUUGUUUUGAUACAAUGUCUGCUGGUUCGUUUGUGGUUUUUCUCUUUUGCUGUGGUUCCUUUUGCUACAUGUGACUAUUGUCCAUGUGGAACGUGGUGUUCGUUUGUUCCGUGUCCUGAUUUUUUAGAAUGUCAUCAAGGGAGCAGGUGAUGUAGAAGGAUGUGUUGUUUUUCUGCAUGAUGA